UUACCAAAUCUUCUUGCUUGCUUGUAAAACAAGAAAGUAAUUAUACUACUUAUAUUUAAGUAUGACGAAUGGUGAAGACGUCGAUGCUGCGGCCAAACAGAAGGCGAUCGAUGAUUGGCUUCCGAUCACUUCUUCGAGGAAUGCGAAAUGGUGGUAUUCGGCUUUUCACAAUGUCACUGCCAUGGUUGGUGCUGGUGUUCUUAGCCUACCGUACGCCAUGGCUGCGCUCGGAUGGGGUCCCGGUGUAGUUAUACUAGUUUUGUCAUGGAUCAUCACUCUCUACACUCUUUGGCAAAUGGUCGAAAUGCACGAAAUGGUGCCCGGUAAGCGGUUCGAUCGAUACCAUGAAUUAGGGCAACAUGCCUUCGGAAAGAAGUUAGGGUUAUGGAUUGUGGUUCCGCAGCAACUGGUUGUAGAAGUUGGUGUGAACAUUGUUUACAUGGUUACUGGAGGCAAAUCAUUGAAGAAAUUCCAUGAUUUGGUUUGCCCUAAUUGCACACCAAUAAAAACUACCUAUUUUAUCAUGAUCUUUGCUUCUGUUCACUUUCUUCUCGCCCAUCUUCCAAAUUUCAACUCCAUUACUGUGGUCUCCCUUGCAGCCGCUGUCAUGUCCUUGAGUUACUCAACAAUUGCUUGGGCAUCUACUCUGCAUAAGGGAGUUAUUCCGAAUGUAGAUUACAGUUACAAAGCAAGCACUCCAGUAGGCAAAUUUUUUCAUUUCCUGAGUGCAUUAGGUGAGGUAGCUUUUGCAUAUGCCGGUCAUAAUGUGGUCUUAGAGAUUCAGGCAACAAUUCCUUCUACUCCUGAAGUACCUUCCAAGAAACCGAUGUGGAAAGGCGUCGUUGUCGCCUAUAUCAUCGUCGCGGUUUGCUAUUUUCCGGUCGCGAUGAUCGGGUAUUGGUACCUCGGUAACACGGUGGAAGAUAACAUUCUCAUCUCAUUGGAAAAACCAGUCUGGCUUGUAGCUAUUGCUAACAUGUUUGUUGUAAUUCAUGUCAUUGGAAGCUAUCAGAUUUACGCUAUGCCGGUAUUCGACAUGCUGGAGACUGUUUUGGUGAAGAAAUUGAAUUUUGCGCCUUCUAGGAUGCUUCGAUUCAUUACUCGAACUCUCUAUGUUGCAUUCACAAUGUUUGUUGCGAUAUGCAUUCCUUUCUUCGGAGGAUUGCUUGGAUUUUUCGGAGGAUUUGCUUUCGCCCCGACUACAUACUAUCUUCCUUGUAUUAUUUGGCUUGCGAUUCGCAAACCUAAGAAAUUCGGCUUAUCUUGGACUAUAAACUGGAUAUGCAUUGUGUUUGGCGCUGCGUUGACAAUAUUAGCGCCCAUCGGCGGCCUAAGGCAGAUCAUCAUUGAAGCCAAGGACUAUGAAUUCUUCUCAUGAUACCAAUUUCAAGUCUCUCAUCAUGUUAGAAUGGGCAAUCUAUUUGGCUUAGAUUUUUUUUUAAAUUCACCAAGUAGACCAUUGAUGAUCCAAUUGUAAAUAUUCCAUUGUUAGUUUUAUUUUCCAGCAUGUUGCAAUAAAUUAUUGCAAAUUUUUUGUUUAUGAAAUGUAAAAGUUAACUCUGUUUCCCCCAAAA